GUAGUAUUGUAGUUACUACGUGGUCCCAGUAUUACGGAAAUGUAAACAUGCACAGAUAAUUUUUGCCUUAUUUUCUAUAUUUGGUGCUUUUAGUCCAAAAAUAUCUUAUAGAAAAAUAAAAAAUAUAUUAAAUCACUUCUUAAAAUUAAUAACGUGCCUUUAAAUGCUAUAAUUUCUGUAUUUUUAUUUUCUGUCACCGAAGUGAAGAUAGGCAAAAGCGUCGUCAAGCGCUGUAGAAUUUCAAGUCCGCUAAUGGCGGACGCCAAUAAUUUUGGAAGUUUCGUGAUUCUAUUGUUCUGUUUUUGAGGAUUUAAUUCAUUUUUAUAAGCUGGAAUGAGUUUAGUUUCAAGUGUUUACGUCCAUAGUGCUAUAAAUGUGCAAGUGAUAUGAAAUGUUCAGUUUGAAUAUGACAAAAGCGCCCGCUAGAUAUGUAACCUUUUCCAUAACCUCGUUUACGCGAAUGGAGUAGAUAUGUGAUCGAUGUGUGUGCAACGGUGAACGAUUUUUCGUCAUAUUCGCGUUACUAUUAGUGCGAAGUUAUUUGGCAUAUUAGUGAUGGAAGUGUCCGCGUCGCGGUUUUGCAAUCCGACGCCCGUUUUCGAUGUAACGUAAGUGAGCCGGUCGAUCGCCAAAGCUAGUGUAAGCAGGGACGGCCGCUACCAGCCGAACAUGGCUGCGACGCAGGCUGAGUCUCAGCGAAGCGAAGCGAACGUAGAUCAGAGUCCAUCGGAACAGCUCAGUGAAUCUCGGAACGUUCUAUUACAAAACGGCACCGACAAGACCGUCGGGCGCGUUCCGCCCGAUGGCGUUGUGAACACAAAGAGUAAAUCGCCGAUGUCGGCCGAUCCGGGCCUGCCACGCGACGGUGGUGAAGCUCCGGGCCACGAUCGGAGUGGUGAACGGCCAUUGCCGGAUCAGUAUGGAUCGUAUCGUUACCCGGAGGGCGCGGAUCCUUAUUAUGCUCAACGGCCCGGUUUUCCCGGCAAACCGCGUCCGCCGCCGCAGCAAAGAUAUUUCCCGGGGCAGGCGGUGUCACAAGCUCCCGGGCCUACGCCGACGCUUAAUUCGUUACUCCAGUCGAGCGGGGCGCCACCGCAUCGCUACCCCAACAGCUAUGACCAGCCGCCUGGAGGUUAUGGGCCCGCGCCCGGCUGGCCACAGCCUAGGCCAAUGCCACCAUACAAUCCUCAACCAAGUCCAUAUAGAAAUUCGACGCCACCACGAGGUUACGGUGGUCCGCCAUACGGUGCAGGUGCUCCAGGCGGUCCUCAGCAGCCGCCGGGCGCAUACGGUCCACCUGGCUCGUAUCCGCCACGGUACCCGCCGCCGCCAGGGCCACCGGGCGCACCCAACUCGAGACCACCGUUCUCUCCGCACCAGGGUUACGAGCGCGGUGGUUCACCACAGCCACCUACUCAUCCCCCUGGUGCACCCAGCCCAGGUACAGCACAGAGUGUGGGAGGCCUCUCGCCGACCCAGGACUCGCAGCAUCCGCCGCACUUGCCGCCCGGUUCGCAACCGCCACACCAGGGCUACCCUCCACCGCCCCGGCCAGCUCAGCCGUCCACACCCAACGCUCAUGAUCAAGACUCCGAUCUGACCGGUCAGAACAGCAAUGACUCGGGCGGCAGCGGCGGCGCGGGGCGCGCUUCCACGCCGCACUUGAGGCCCACGCCGAGCCCGACAGGCUCGAGUGGAUCGCGAUCCAUGUCACCGGCUGUCGGUACUCAGAACGUACCGAUGCCACCGCGGCCAUCGUCAUCGUUAUCGGACGGCGGCGGACCGACCGUGAGGGCCGGAGCUGGCGCAGGCAAUCCGGGCGCAGGGCCGCCACCGUCGGCGGCGCCCCCACCCGGAGCGAUGCUGCCGCAGCCCUAUCACCACGGCCCCUACAAGCCGGCGCCCUAUCCGCCGCAGCCCUACGCCUACCCGCCACGCAACCACCACCCCUACCCGUAUGGCGGCUACCGGCCUACUCCGCCGCCACAUCCGUCACAACAUUAUCCCCCGCUCAAGCAAGCGGGUCGUCACAUGGGCCCACCGGGCGAGACCAUGCCGCCGCCCAACGCGCCGGGCGAGGCGCACGACAACGGGCCCGCCGCGCCCGCCACCGCGCUCGUCACCACCGGGCCCGACGGCGCGCCGCUCGACGAGGGCAGCCAGCAGAGCACGCUCAGCAACGCCUCCGCCGCGUCAGGCGAGGAGCAGUGCGGCACGCCCAAGAGCUCCCGCAAGGAGUACGGCGCGGGCAGCGCGGCGCCGUCGCCGUCGCCGGGCGGCGCGUCGCACUCGUCGGCGCACGAGGACUACGACGCCUCGCCCUCGCCCUGGCCGCGCCCGCCCUCCAGUCCUGUGUUUAACAGUCACAUAGCGCCGGAGUCCUACAGAUCAAAGAAGUCGGACUCGCUGGGCAAGCUGUACGAGAUGGACGACGCCCCGGAGCGGCGCGGCUGGGUGGAGCGCCUGCUGGCCUUCAUGGAGGAGCGCCGCACGCCCAUCGCCGCCUGCCCCACCAUCUCCAAGCAGCCGCUCGACCUCUACCGCCUCUACCUGCUCGUGCGCGACCGCGGCGGGUUCGUCGAGGUGACGAAGAAUAAAACGUGGAAGGAUAUCGCCGGUCUGCUCGGGAUAGGUGCGUCGUCGUCGGCCGCCUACACGUUGCGGAAGCACUACACGAAGAAUCUGCUCGCAUACGAGUGCCACUUCGAUCGCGGCGGUAUCGAUCCGCAGCCGAUCAUAAACCAGGUGGAGGCGUCCACGAAGAAGAAGAGCGGCAAGUCCAACAGCACGACUAGUGCAGCAGGCUCGUCCAACUCGGCCGAGCAGUUUGUGGGCGGCGCGGGGCAGGCCGGCGCGCCCAUGGACGGCUACCCCGCGCACUACGCGCCCUACCCGCCGCAGCCCGCGCAGCCGCAAGGCGGCGGGCCGGGCGGCGACAACCUCGCCGCCUCCAACCCGUUCGACGAGCCGCCGGGGCCGAGGCGACCCCCAGGUUACCAACAAGGUUACGGGUACGAAUAUGGAUCUCCUUAUCCGUCGAAUAGGCCCGUCUACCCGCCGUACGGCCCCGACGGCGACAGGGGCUACGGCUCGGGUGGCGAGUACCGGUACGGCGGCUACGGCGGCGGGUACCGCGCGGGCGCGCCGGCGGGCGGCGCGGCGGCGGCGCAGCCCGCGCCCGCUCAGCCCGCCGCGCCGCCUCCCGCGCAGCCCGCGCACCCCGCGCACCCGGCGCACCCCGCGCACCCCGCGCAGCCCUACCCCGACUACUACCGCGCGCCGCAUCCGCAUCCGCACCCGCCGCACCCUCCGCACCCGCAGCACCCGCCGCACCCGCCGCACCCGCCGCACCCGCCGCACUCGCCGCAGCAGCCGCACGAGAUGUCCGGCGGGGCGCAGGUCGCGGGCGCGCUCAUGAGCUCGCAGCUCGCUCGCCAGCUCGUGGCGCCGCUGCCGUCGCCCGUCCGCCCCUACUACGGCGUGAAGGGAGGAGCGGGAGCGGUCGGCGCGGCGGCGGCGGCGGCGGGGGCCCCGCGGCGACACCCCGACUUCGCCAAGGCGGAGGGUCCGUACCCGGGCGGCGGCGGCGCGCGCUUCGCGGGCAGCGCGUGGGGCGGCAGCUUCCCGCGCGCCGCGCCCGCGCCCGCCUGGCGCGCGCCCGGCCCGCUGCAGCACGCGCCGCUGCACCAGCACCAGCCCGCCUGGCCGCACCAGCACCAGCAUCAGCACCAGCAUCAGCCCUACCAUCCGCCGGCGGCGGGCGGCGCGGCGUGGGGCGCGCGGCCGCCGCAGGAACUGCCGCCCACCGCGCACUCGCCUGGAGCAGCUUCGGGCGUCGGUCAGAUCAAAAGAGAAUUAACGUUUCCCGCGGAGUGUAUAGAGGCGACUGUGCCCUCCGCAGAAAAGCGACGUCGACUGACGAAGGCCGAUGUGGCCCCGGUCGACGCGUGGCGCAUUAUGAUGGCGCUUAAAUCGGGGCUGCUCGCUGAAACCUGUUGGGCGUUAGAUAUCCUGAAUAUACUCUUGUUUGAUGACAACUGCAUAGGCUACUUCGGCCUCCAGCACAUGCCAGGUCUGCUCGAUCUACUCUUGGAACACUUCCACAAGAGCCUCAGUGACGUGUUUGAUGCACCCGCGGCCGAAAGCGAGCCUUGGUACGCGCCGCCCUCCAGCCCUGAACCCGCAGCCAAGACGCGGCGGAGAGCAGAGCCCCCUGACCCCGGCGAUCGCGUCCGUCUGCUCUCCUGUGAGAACUAUACGCUCGAAUCCAGGCGCCGUCUUCCCGUGACGCUUGCGACCCGUUCUGAUGAAGACCUGUUUGCACCGGAAGAUCCAGAGCCUGACCGCGACGUCGAAGACGUGCUCGAGCCUUGGCAGAUCGGCGGUGACUCGGGCGGAGGAGCGCACGUUAUGCCCUGCUUCCGCGGAGAAUUCGUACACUUGCCCUUCGUGCGCGUGCUGCCCGGCUCGAGGCCGCCGUCGCCGCCCGCCGCGCCCGCGCCCCCCGCUUCCCCGCGCGCCGAGCCCGAACCGGAGCCGGUGCCGCGAGAUAUCUCCGUGGAACCCGACGGCGAUAACCUCGAAGCUGAACCCAUGGAACUCGAACCCGAGCGCCGGCCGCCGCUACAGAUUCGCGAUCCUGCAGGCGUGCUUAAGCGCCGUCGGCUCGAAGACUACGAGGACGAGUGCUACACGCGGGACGAGCCAAGCCUCAACCUGGUUAACGAGUCGAGAGACGCCCUCGCCAAGCGGUGUAUAGCCCUUUCUAAUAUUUUACGCGGACUCACUUUCGUGCCCGGCAAUGAAGCGGAAUUUUCACGAUCGGGCGCCUUUCUCGCUCUAGCGGGCAAGUUGUUGUUGCUGCAUCACGAGCACGCCCCAAGAGCGGCCCGAGCGCGCGCCUACGAACGGGCAGCGCGGGACGAGGUAGACGCCGACGCGUGCUGUUCGAGCUUAAAAGGAGAGAACGAGUGGUGGUGGGAUACGUUAGCGCAGUUACGCGAAGAUGCGCUCGUUUGCUGCGCCAACAUCGCCGGCAGCGUCGAGCUCUCUGGACAACCGGAAGCGGUAGCGCGGCCGCUAUUGGACGGCCUACUUCACUGGAGUGUAUGCCCGGCAGCCGUGGCCGGCGACGCACCGCCAGCGGCCGCUCCCGGGUCGCCUCUGUCGCCGCGGCGGCUAGCGCUCGAGGCGCUGUGCAAGCUGUGCGUGACGGAUGCGAACGUCGACCUGGUGUUGGCGACGCCGCCGCGCGGGCGGAUCGCAGCGCUGUGCGCGGGGCUCGCGCGCGACCUAUGCCGACCCGAGCGACUCGUCGUCCGCGAGUUCGCCGUCAACCUCCUCCACUACCUGGCGGGCGCCGGCGGCGCGGCGGCUCGCGAGGUGGCGCUGCACGCGCCGGCCGUGGCGCAGCUGGUGGCCUUCAUCGAGCGCGCCGAGCAGACAGCUCUGGGCGUGGCGAACCAGCACGGCGUGGCGGCGCUCCGGGACAACCCCGACGCGAUGGGCACGUCGCUGGACAUGCUGCGCCGCGCCGCCGCUACCCUGCUGCGCUUAGCCGAGCACCCGGAGAACCGCCCGCUCAUCCGACGCCACGAACGACGCCUGCUUUCACUCGUCAUGAGCCAGAUCCUCGAUCAGAAGGUGGCGCACGAGCUGGCGGAUGUGCUAUACCACUGUAGCCAGCAGCGAGUAGACGAGCCGCGACAGGAAGACAAGUGAGGACAUUCAGUGCCACGUGACGCGGCGACGUGAUGCUGUGACGUGACGUGAUAUCGUGACGCGGUGACGUGACGUUCGUGACAUGACGCGUGACGAGCGGCGUGGCGGGCGCGACAGACUGACUACCGUUGGGUACGUGUACAUAUAGUGAUACGGCGCCCGCCGCGACCGCGAUCGCUCGAUGCGCCGGAGCUUCGAGCGUUAGGCUGUACAAUCUGAUUUUUGUUAUUUAUGUCCAUGAUGAUUUAUUUACAAGAAUGUCAAUGUGCUAUAAUCGAUUUCUAUUGUUCGAUUGAGAAACAGAUGUAUUAUAACUCGUAAUUUUGAUUUUUAUAAUAAAAUGGGACUUGAAUCUG